UGACCAACUCUCUCCAAGCACGAUUUUGCAACCAAUAGGAGCCGUGCCUCACCACUAGCUGCAUAUCAGGGAUUUAGUGUUGCCUCUCCAUUACAUGUGGUUCUAUCGGGAGUCCUUGCAUCUGCUCAGGAGUUGCCCGCCUACUGCCACCCCUUCCUUGGCCAAGUGGCUGAGAUAGCUCUCUCAGAUAGCGGCUUCUGGGCAGCGCUUUCCCGUCACUGGCGCCGCAGCUGGCUUUGAUUAGCUGGCUGGCCCCGCAGUCCUCACAAGUCUUGCUGCUGGGCGGGGCACUAACAAGGCCGCGCCUGGCUGUGGCGGGUUGGACGUGCGGCAGCUGUCCAGCCGGCAGGGACGCGGUGGGCAUGGAGGAGGAGCGAACGCUGAAAGGGACAGAGUGUAAGAACAGCAAGGAGGGCGUAUCACUGAACACUGAGCACUUUGUGAUUGAUGCUGAUCCUCUUGGUGGACGCAGUACGGGGAGUAAUGCGCUAGUUACAUUCCAACUUGCAACUAGAAAAGAAGUUGGGGAUACCCUGGGAACAGAAGAUAAGGCUAGCCUUGUGAAGGAGGAAGAUGGUAGUUACUGCAUGCUGCAAGACACUGAGUCAACUUCUCAAGACUCAACAGCCCUUCCUCUCAACCUUGCCUCAGUGUGUGGGCAGUUGUCAAAUUUCCUCAGCAACAUAAAUUCUGUGCCUCCUCUUCCUGUGGUUAUGUUUGCACAGGCACCCAUGGAUAAUUCAGGGUCAUUCAAAAAGAAUGAAGGUUAUUACUCUGAUGUGACUGAAAAUGUGGCAAAGAAAAAAAAUAAUUGCAUAAGUGGAGUAUGUGCUGAGAAGUUACCUGGUGCAAUCUCUGGAGAUUUCUGCAGGCUAGCACUGUUAGAGGAUGUAUAUGGCCCAACUACUUGCAGGUCAGUGCUCUGUACUUCAGCCAGUAUUGGAGGUCAGCAGUCCUACACGACAUCUUCAUUCCUGAAAUCUGGAAGUAGUCAUGGUGAGAACAAGCAGAAAAAAGAUUUAUGUGAGGAUCCAGAAAUUCUACUGCCAGUCAAGAAGAAGACACGCACCUUCUAUAGUGCAGAGCAACUAGAAGAGUUGGAGAAGGUGUUCCAGGAAGAUCACUACCCUGACAAUGAAAAGAGGAGGGCAAUCGCAGCUGUAGUUGGGGUGACACCACAGCGUAUCAUGGUGUGGUUUCAGAAUCGCAGGGCAAAGUGGAGAAAAAAAGAGAAGUUGAAUGUCAAAGGCAGCAAAAAAUACUCAACAUCAGCAGCUCUGGCAGUCCAUGCUGGGUCAGACAUUUGUGGGGCACCUCUUCUGCCAAUGCCUCCAUUGCCUGAUCAGUCUGCCAUAUUAAGUGUAGACACUACAGCUGGGAACUGCUCCAGUAGGGUCAGUGAGCAUUCUGCGUUGCUUGCUUCCUCCUCAGUCUCUCCAGUGACAGGGAUGAUAGGAUCUUGUGAAGCAGUUCAGACAAAGGCGUUGCUGCAGCUUGACUUCAGUUCCAGCAGAGUGGAGUGCUUCCAAAGCCUUCCUAGUCCUCCACCCAUUCGUAGGGCCAGCCUGCCUCUCAGUCUUUCCUUCAGCCCCUACGGUCACAUUGUCCCAUUGAUGUUGGAUGCUCCCAACAGUGAAUGCAGCUUGUCCGGUCAGGAAAACAGCUCCAAGGAGGCCUUCGCUUAUAGCAUCCAAAAUCAAGGCUUGUGUUCAGCAGUUUCUCCUAAGCAGCUGGACUUUAUAGGCAGUCUAGAGACCCCAUACUGUCAGUAUGGCAGCCAGGGUGGAACUUACCAGCUGUCCCAACAUCCCCAGCAUCAUCAGUGUUCCCAGUUCCACCGUCUGCCAUUUCACCGACCCAGCAAUGUCUCCAGCAUUCACCUCACUUCUACAACACCAACUGAAUCCAGUUCAGCUUUCCUUGCCUCACCUGGCAGCAGUGGAAUGGUAUCCUAUGGGCCAGCAGGAGACGCACAGGGCUAUGUAGAAAACCAUGUGGAGGAACAAUCUGUGUUACAGUGGCAGAAUGGAAAUGCAGUGGGUAUCACUGCCAAUGAGAUUGUCCCCUGGAAUGACUGCUACAUGCAGGGAGCUCUGUUCUUGCAUCAGCUGUGCUCUCAAAUGCCAUUUUCUAGCACAGCAGGAGAGUCUUUUACAGAGCAGAUUUUGUACACUCAGCUGCCUUGCCUGUCUUCUUCUACAUAUUGCCUUCAAGUGCUCCAUGGAGCAACAUUAGGAUCCAUGCCACAUACUGGAAAACAAAAGGGAGCGAUAACAUCAAGCCAAAGUUCAUACCAGAAUCACCAAAAAGAACUGGAGUUGACAUCAUUUGCUGAAAGAGAGGAAAUAGGGAGCAGCAUCAAGAAGGAAGAGAGUACUGUUGGUAAUGGAAAUGGAGAAUAAAUGGUAUGAGUAAAAUGAGGCAAAAUUCUGUGUUUUAUCAGACUUAUUGCGUUAUAAGUUGAGUAGCUACAUAGGAUUGAUUUUCUACAUAUCUCUUCAAGGCAGAACUUCUUGAGAAAGAAGAGAGGAAAGGAUGGCUUUUUUUGUUUGAUUUCCCUAAUGACUUUUCAGAAAAAAGACAUUUAUUUUAGAUACAAAAUUAUGUUGCUCUAGAUUUGCUGUAAAGAGUUGAGGGAGGAUGUUUGUCUAAUUUUGCAAUGUGAAUUAUUUCAAAAAAAUCCAGGCAAUUCUAGGCCAUGUGAGAAUUGAAUUUUCUUAAUCUGUUUUUCUUCAGAUGUUAAAGAAGAAUUGAUUGAUGCUGUGUUCUGAGAAAAGAGGAAACAUUACUAUUUGAACUCCAAAAUAAGAAUAGAGAAGAGAAUAUCAUACCAUUUACUGUUUUUUUUUUUUUUUUUUUUAAUUAUUAUUAUUGCCAUUAUUGUUUUCCUGCUCAGGAAAGAAGCUGGAAAAUUUAAAUCAAUCUAACUUCUAGUCUAUGUUGUUUUCUUUUUGGUUGUUGUUUUUUUUUUUGUUGUUUUGUUUUGUUUUUUCCAAAAUCUGACUUUAUUCUUAAUAAUUAACGAGCAUGCAGAAAAAAACAGAGCUGAUACAGGCAACACAGUCCCCUGGAUAGGUGGAAAUUCUCAAGAGUUUGAAAGUAUGGCUCUCCUGGGAAGAGAGCCCAGGAAGAUUAAGUUGCAUACAAAACGAGGAGGAACUCCAGCACAUACAGCUAAUUUUAGGAACUACAGACAUUACAAGAAGUGUUGUGGGAAGUCCAAUUUGUUUCAUGUUUGCCAGCUUUAAAAUGCAAAUACUAUAAAAAUUAAUAUAUUCAAACUAUAAAUGUCAGCGAUAUAACCGAAUCUCCAUCAGCUAUUAGUUGAUUUGCUUCUAGUCUGAAUUGCUGAGAAUUAUGUUGUUCAAACUUAGGAAUUGGUAACUUAAAUAUUAGGUGGGUAACACUUUCAUGAGAUACUAAGAUGACACAACACUUGAAGUGACUCAGUAGCUGCAAGAUGGGUUAAUACUUUUAACUGUCUUUUUCAGUUAACAGAAACUGUGAACUGUUCAGUGUUUUGCCUUGCAUUCGCACCUGCAUCCUUUUAGGAUGUGUAGCAAUUUAAUCUGAUGGGAUGUUUCAGCUGUGGCUUUUCUCUCACAUUCUUGCAAAUCUUAAUGUGGGAACAUCAACCUGCAGUGUUAUUAUGAGUAAUUUAGUACAGCAAGUGAUCUUGAUUCAGCAGUCUUGGCUGCUGCUUUACUUGGGGCUGUCCUCUUAGGAAAUAGAUAAAAAUACACCUUUGAAAUUAGCCAUCAGUUGUAGUAGCAGAGGACUUUACUGAAGAGGUUUUAUACCCUGGUUCAUAAACAAAUGGUUGCAAUUCCUAUGAACUGUGGCUUCCAAAUAAGCUUUAACCAGAUGAAUGCAUAGGAUGUAUAAGGAGUGUCUAAAAUAUCAGGAUCUUGCCAUGUCCUUCUGAGGACAAACCAUUGUCUUACACAGAGUUGACAGUGCUUUUCCUCUGAUGAUUUCUGUGUUGAACUGUGAGCCUUUUCAUUGCCUUUUAGACACAGGCAUGGCUUAAGUAAUUUUUACAUUACCAUGUUCUAUAUGCUUCUAUUAUACUCUAUGAAAUUAA